UAUGGCCGACGAAGACAAAGAAAAAGCCGAGAAGGUCGCUGCGGCUAAGAAAAGAUAUGAACAAUUGAAGAAGCAAAAGGCUAAGAAAGCAGGGGGUGUGAAGAAGAAGGAAGACAAGGCCGAAGCCGACCCCUCCUCGAGCGCGGCGCCCGAUAAAACGGAGGAGAAGACGGAAGAGCUUCCUACUACGGAACCUAUCGAGACGGGGGUCGUUUCCCCAGAUCCAGUCGAAGACGAUGAGCCUUCUGAGCUGCCCUCUACGAAACAAAAACACGGUCGUAAGCCUUCGGUUGCUGUAGAGUCGCGGCAGCGAUCUGCUUCCUUUUACCGUGGCGGUGCGUCAGGAACGCCCACCUCACCAACCGCGGUCACUCCUGGCGGUGGAGUGACGGGCGACAUAUACAGGGAACAGGCGCAAAAGAUUGAGGAGCUGGAGAAGGAGAACAAGAGGCUGGCUGGGGAGGUGGAGGAGGGGCAGGCUAGAUGGAAAAAGGGUGAGGAUGAGUUGGAGGAGCUGAGAGAAGGGAGAGCGGAUGCUGCCCUUGCGACCGAGAGAGGAAAGGAGGCCGAUAAAUUGAAAACCGAGGUCGAAUCGUUGAAGCGACAACUAUCACAGGUUCAAAGCCAGACUUCAAAGAACACCCGAAAGGCAUCGACAGCAUCUCCUGGUCAUAAUGCUUCCGUCGACGACUUGAACGCCCAGGUUGCUUCGAAGUCGGCUACGAUUGAAUCUCUCGAGCUGGAAAUGUCAAACUUGAACAAGCAAUUUGUUGAUCAGACAGGCAAAAACAAUGAACUCCAAGGGAAGAUCUCUGCAUUGGAGACAUCUCUACAGAAGGCUGAACAAGAAGCGAGCUCCACCAAGACUGAGCUUUCUGACCUUAAAACCAAUCUUGACAAAGCUAGUGACCAAGCAGCAAAAGACGGUUCAGACCGAGACUCCGCACAGACACGAAUCGCUCAACUAGAAGCCGAAUUGGGAGCCGCCAACCGCAAAGCGUCCGAUUCCCUCUCUCGCGCAGAGUUGCUCGAAAAGAAGGUGGAAACCCUAACCCAGUUACACCGCGACAACGAUGCGCGCAAUCAAACUCGACUUCAAGAACAUAAGAAGAUUGAACGCGAAGCCGCCGAGCUCCGCACCCGCGUAACUGGCCUCUCCAACGAGAAUUCGCGCCUCCGCGAAGCCGAGCAGCGCCGCCGCAAAGCAGACCUAGGCUCCAUCGAAGAUACGAGCGUACAGGAACUCGUUGACGAAGAGCGCGACCGCCUCCUCUCCAAAGUUCGCGAACUCGAGGAAGAGAACUUUGAACUCCGCAGGGGCGUUUGGCGUGACAAGCGCGCCGCCCUCCAACCCGGUAUGGACGAGGCGGACCACGACACCAGUUUCGACGACAUCGAUCUCUCUGGCACAACGCCUACCGCUCACCGCCCAGCACAUAACCCACUGGGUGGCUCCACUGCCAAUCGCCAGACAUCGUCUUUCCAGGAUGUUAUAGCUUCCGGCAUCUCGGCCUUCACGGGCCGUCAGCACCCUCAUGCGCCCCCGCAUCGUCGCAGCGACGCGGCGAACCAGGCUCGACCGCUCGCUGAGACGCAAAACCGCGCGAGGCAGGAGAGUCUGGCAAGCUUGGGUAGCAUGGAUGACUUUGAGUUUGAUGAAGAUGCGUUCCGCAAAGCACAGGAAGAAGAAGCGAGGAAGCGGAUUGAGAGGGUUCGUGAGAUUAAGAGAGGUUUGGAUGCAUAUAAAGGGUGGAGAGUCGACAUUGUAGACGUGAGGGUGGGUAUGGGGGGUGUGUUUGAUGUAUAG